UCGGAACCUGGGGCGCCCGGGGUCGCCGAGGAGGCCGGAACCCCGGGUGCUCCGGGGUCGACGCGGGACAGGGUGUCACCCGGUACCGGCCCGCGUCCCGGCGUCCCGGCGCCGCCCCCUGACAUCAGUUCCUGUCGCCGCCGCCCGCCGCGCAGCCCCGGCCUCCUCUCCGCUCCGCCCCGCCCUCGGGAGCCGCCGGGCCGCGGCGGAGCGAGGCCCCGGGCGAGGCGAGGGCCGGGCGCCGGGCCCCGCGGCCGGCACCACGGAGCCCCCGCACGGCCGGCGGCAGCGGUUGGCGGCGGCCCCGGGCCCCCGGCGCGGGAAGCGGCGGCGGGGCGGCGGCUGUGGCAGCGCCAUGGAACCGCGGGAGGUGAAGGACCGCAUCCUGGAGAACAUCUCGCUGUCGGUGAAGAAGCUGCAGAGCUACUUUGCUGCAUGUGAAGAUGAGACCCCUGCCAUCCGGAACCACGACAAGGUCCUCCAGCGCCUGUGCGAGCACCUGGACCAUGCACUGCUGUACGGACUGCAGGACCUCUCAUCUGGCUACUGGGUGCUCGUGGUGCAUUUCACUCGCAAAGAGGCCAUCAAGCAGAUUGAGGUGUUGCAGCACGUGGCCACCAACCUGGGGCGCAGCCGGGCCUGGCUGUACCUGGCCCUCAAUGAGAACUCCUUGGAGAGUUACCUGAGGCUGUUUCAGGAGAACCUGGGCCUGCUGCAGAAAUACUACGUCAGGAAUGCCCUGGUCUGCAGCCAUGAUCACCUCACUCUUUUCCUGACCUUGGUGUCUGGGCUGGAGUUCAUCCGAUUUGACCUGGAGCUGGAUGCCCCUUACUUGGACCUGGCACCCUACAUGCCUGACUAUUAUAAACCUCAGAACCUGCUGGAUUUUGAAGACCGCCUGCCCAGCUCAGUCCAUGGCUCGGACAGCCUGUCUCUUAACUCCUUCAACUCUGUCACCUCCACCAACCUCGAAUGGGAUGACAGUGCAAUUGCUCCAUCUAGCGAGGAUUAUGAUUUUGGAGAUGUGUUUCCAGCAGUGCCGUCUGUACCCAGCACAGACUGGGAAGCAGAUGGAGACCUCACAGACACCAUCAGCGGUCCUCGCUCCACUGCUUCAGACCUGACCAGCAGUAAGGCAUCCACCAGGAGCCCCACCCAGCGCCACAACCCUUUCAACGAGGAGCAGGCUGAGACAGUGUCCUCCUCUGAAACCACCCCAGUGCAUGCCACCUCACAAGACAAAGGGGACUCCCAGGUUCUGGAGCCACCAGAUGCCUGCACAGAGCUCGAGGUCAUCAGGGUCACCAAGAAGAAGAAGACUGGCAAGAGGAAGAAGAUCAGACCAGACGAGGAAGCAAGUCCCCUUCAUCCAGCCUCCAGCCAGCACACGGGUGCCAGGCAAGGGGAUGGUGACAGCCUAGUCAGCAGCCCAGGCCUUGGGCAGGACUCACCGGACACCACCCUGGCCUCCCCACCCGAGGAGGGCGAGGGGCCCAGCAGCACUGCUGAAAGCAGCGAGCACUCUGAGCUCGGCCAGGUGGGCCUGCUGAUCCCUGAGAUGAAGGACACCUCCAUGGAGUACCUAGGACAGCCCCUGAGCAAGGUCAUUGACCAACUCCAUGGGCAGCUGGAUCCCAGCACCUGGGGCUCUCACAUGGAAACCCCAAACCAGUCCUUUCGGACCAGCGCUCCCGGGGAGGCCCCGGAGAAACCACCAUUUUGCGACUUUAGUGAGGGGCUUCCGGCCCCCAUGGACUUCUACCGUUUUACCAUUGAGAGUCCAAGUGCUGUUACAUCAGGUGGUGGCAACCAUGACCCUACAGGGGCUGGCCAACCGCUGCAUGUUUCUGGUGGCCCUACGGCUGCUAGCCAAGAAGAAGAGGGAGGAGGAGGAGAGGGACAGACACCUGGGCUCCUAGAUGAUGCACCAGGGGCGGCCCAGGAGCUAGAAGAGGACUCCCAGCCCGCCCUGGUCCCUGAGGGGCCUGGGUCCCAGCCAGAGCUGCAGAUCCAGGAGGCUCCCUGCCCACUCAAGGGGGACCAGCCCAGCCCGUGUCUGAGCAGCGCUGAGGACUCCGGAGUAGAUGAGGGCCAAGGGAGCCCAUCUGAUAUGACCCACUCCUCAGAGUUCCGGGUAGACAACAAUCACCUCCUCCUGCUGAUGAUCCACGUGUUCCGGGAGAAUGAGGAGCAGCUAUUCAAAAUGAUCCAGAUGAGCACUGGCCACAUGGAGGGCAACUUGCAGCUGCUGUAUGUGCUGCUCACGGACUGCUAUGUCUACCUGCUCCGCAAAGGGGCCACUGAGAAGCCAUACCUGGUGGAAGAGGCCGUUUCGUACAAUGAACUUGACUAUGUUUCGGUUGGCCUCGACCAGCAGACAGUGAAGCUGGUGUGCACCAACCGCAGGAAGCAGUUUCUGCUGGACACUGCAGAUGUGGCCCUGGCUGAGUUCUUCUUGGCCUCUCUGAAGUCAGCCAUGAUCAAAGGCUGUCGGGAACCACCUUACCCCAGCGUCCUGACAGAUGCCACCAUGGAGAAGCUGGCACUGGCCAAAUUUGUGGCCCAGGAAUCCAAGUGUGAGGCAUCCACCGUGACUGUACACUUCUAUGGGCUCGUGCACUGGGAGGAUCCUAUGGACUGUUCACCUCCCGAAGGUGCUAUCACCAAAGAAGGUGUGCUGCACUACAAGGCGGGCACCUCCUACCUGGGCAAGGAGCACUGGAAGACCUGCUUCGUGGUGCUCAGCAAUGGGAUCCUCUACCAGUAUCCUGACCGUACUGAUGUCAUCCCCCUGCUCUCAGUGAACAUGGGGGGGGAGCAGUGCAGUGGCUGCUGGAGAUCCAACACCACGGAUCGGCCCCACGCCUUCCAGGUCAUUCUCGCUGACCGGCCCUGCCUGGAGCUGAGUGCAGAGAGCGAGGCUGAGAUGACCGACUGGAUGCAGCACCUCUGCCAGGCCAGGUCCAAAGGGGUCAUCCCCCAAGGGGUUGCUCCCAGCCCCUGCAUCCCCUGCUGCCUGGUGAUCACUGGGGACCACCUCUUCACUUGCCAUGAGGACUGCCAGACCAGCUUCUUCCGCUCACUAGGCACCGCCAGGCUGGCCGAUGUCAGCGCUGUCUCCAUGGAGUCUGGCAAGGAGUACUGCAUCCUGGAAUUCUCGCAGGAUAGCCUGCAACUCCCCGCUCCCUGGGUCAUCUACCUGAGCUGCCCUUCCGAACUGGACCGUUUCCUGUCUGCACUGAACUCCGGGUGGAAAGCCAUCUACCAGGUGGACCUGCCCCACAAGGCGAUCCGUGAAGCCUCCAGCAGGCAGAAGUUGGAGAACGCCCUGAGCCUCAUCCACAGCGCCUGGCAGCGGAGUGACAGCCUCUGCCGAGGCAGAGCCUCCCGGGACCCCUGGUGCUGAGGCAGCGUUGGGUGGCAUCUCAGGCGGAUGGGAAGGGGAAACAGGCUGACCAGAAGGCACACCGUCCCGUGUCAUCGCGCUGCCCGAGAGCUAGGCCCCUACACGUGUCCUGCAGCCCGCUGCUGCACCAGGCGGCAGAACCACGAGUGUGGCUUGUGAUGGGGCCUCCCCACUCCCAGGGGUCUAGACUGGUGUCCAGCACCCUGGUAUCCUGCCUGGUGGGUGGUGGCUGGAGGUCGAUGGGGCAGAGGUUCUGAGCCCUGUGGGCUCUGUAGAUGCAUACUUCCUUCCCACACCACCACCAUCUGUUCAAGAUGGCGAUGAGAAUCCAUCUAAGGAGAGCAGAAGGACCAGGAGGGUGGGAGCCCUUCUUCCCCUCCUGGGUCAGGGACCUGGGCAGAGGCUCAGGGCCCACUGGGGUCCUGAGUGCCCAGCCACCCUUGUUCGUUUUGGAACACUUUCCUGGCUGUUCAGGAGCCGGAGGACUGGUGUCUGUGCAUGCUUCCCCCCUGCUGAUCCACCCCACGCACAGCUGCCUGCCAGGGGCCCUGCAUGCCCACGGCCUGUCCUGGCUUCCCCUGCCCAGCAGAGCCAGCAGGACCAGGAGCAGCUAACUCCUCAUGCCGGGAGUACAGGGGAGCGGGAAGGCCUGGCAGAGGAGUAGAGCCCAGCAGCCUGGCGUCCACCUUGACAUCUCCCGACUGUCCCUUGCCAGCUGAAGCCAGGCCUUUCCUGGCUUUAUCAGAGUCCUCAGGGCCAGGGGCCAGUGGUCUGAGUUUUGUUUUUAAAAAUAAAACAGAUACAUUACAUUGCCAAAA